AUCACUAAAUUUUGACCGGCGAACGAGCAAGACGUGCGCGCGGAUUGUUAUCGGUCUUGAUUUCGUCCACACCUUUUGAAAGUUGCGAAUGAGCGGGGAACACGCGUACGUACCGGCCAUAAAGAGCGUAAAAGCCCAUAAAAACGUAAUUAUUACAAAAUCGUGUUCGGCGUGUCAGUUGGUUGGUUGUGUUUGUCGGUUCAGACCACGUUAAUGCAUAAUGCGGUGUAAAGUGCAGAGCAUAAACCAGUUCACAGUGUUGUCCCAAACGCCGGUCCCGGCUUGCUUUCAAUUAAACCAGUGCCAGGCAGCAGCAGCAGCGUUGCCCCAAGCGACCAACUAGUUUGUGUGCGUAUGCAACAGCAGCAGCGCAGCCACAGAAAACGGCCAAAAGCAAAGGAAUUUAUGCGGCGGCCGAGAGCCGAAAACAGACAACAAUAGGUAUAGGAGCAGAGGAGACCACUGAGAAGCUGUGGAGGAUUCAAGCCCAGAAGUUGUUUGACCAGUUCCCCUGCCCUGCUCUCUGUCUGUCUGUGUGUUUGUGUGCGUCUCGCUCCCUCUUUUUGUUUUUUUUGGCUUAAAGGCAGACGCAGAGAUAGUGUUCGUGUGUGUGUGGUAUGAAUCUAGUGCCCGAUCCGUACGUGAACAGUGCCCCAAGUCAAUGAGGAGGAGGAGGAGGAGCAUCAGCAGCUAAGAGAUGCCCUUCGUACAGCGCGUGGUGCAACCCGUGAAUGUGGCCCAGGCCACUGCCGCCAGCCUUGGGCAUGCCUCCACACGCUUCCACUGUGCGCCCGGCAAGUGCAAAAACAACAACUGCAUCAACAAGCAGUCGCCAGAGGCGGGAACGGAUGUCGCCGACUGCCGGGCCACCUCCCCCACCUCGCCCUCGCUGACCCGAAUGCUGGUGCACGUGAACGGCGAUGGGGAGGACGGAGCCGGUCAGCCCCAGCCCCAGCCCCCAGCAGCCCUGCCCAUGAAGAAGCUAAAGCAGCACGUGGAAUUCCUGUCGACCUCGCCGACGCACGGCCCGGGUCGUGCCUCCCAGUCGCUGCCCAAUUCGCGGCACCCCAGCCAGCAGCGUCCGACGAUGGCGCGGAAUGCCAGCGCCCCCCAUUCGCCCACCGCCGGCUCCUCGAAGGUCGUCUCCGGCCACGAGUUCGACUCCAUCAGCAACAUCACCCUGAGCAAUGCCCUGCGUCAGCUCGCCAGCCUGGUGCUCAUCGCCAGCGACAUCUUCGACGAUCUGCAGCGGGACCUGCAGUCGGUGGGCGAGCGGGCCGGGCGAGUCCAGCGCAAGAUAGCGGCCGUGGAGCGGCGCGUGUGUGCCUACGAUCCGAAAAUGGUCACAGUUCCUGAAAGCGACCUGCUCACCUUUGCACAGCGCAAGGAGCACUACGAGACGGACAAGUCAUUCCAGCAGGAACUCUUCACCGGCGACUCGCGGCCGCUUAGCGUUCGCCAGCUGUACACGGAGGCGGGCAAGGAUCGGCCCGUGGGAGCGGCCACGGCAGGUGCCCUCGCCGCUCUGGCCCAAUCGAAUGCCACGGCCACGGGCACCACACCGCCACGUUCCAUUUCCUUCAAUGGGGACGUAACGACGGGCGCCCACAAUGGCAGCGAUGUCCUAAUGAAUGGCCACGCGGAGGCGUCGUCCGAGGACUAUUUGAUCUGCGUCUCCGACUUUGGCAAUGCCAAUCGCAAGCUGCGCACGCGCAUCGAUGCCGAGAUCGAGAUACGUUUGCCCGCUGCCAUCGAGGAUUUGCGGAAGUGGACAUCCAGCGAGGCGCUGGGUGAUGUCACCGUCACGCCCGAUUGCAUGCACCAUGUGGACACCUCGAUAAGCACCUCCAUGGUCAUCGGCGACAGUGGCGUCCACACGCCCGCCCUCUCUCCGUCCGUGCUGUCCGCCGAUGCCGUCGAUGCCCUGUACGCCCAGAACCUGAGCCAGGCGGCGGACAGCAGCGCCCAUCAUCAUCAUCAUCCAUCCCAUCAUCAUCAGGCAUUGCUGCCGAACGAUAUCAAUAAAGAUGUGCCUUUGAAUCAUCGACUGCCUUCACCCGAGGAGCAGACCAAACAGAUUGCCUUAAAAUACCCCGCCGAAGUGAUUUCGGUGAACAUUUCUGGAAAGAAUUUCCAGCGGAUGUGUGCGGCCCGCAAGUCCACUACGGGAUGCUUUGCCGGUGGCACCACACCGGCGGCCUCCUCGAGCAGUGCCAGUCCGGAGAACGGCCAGCCGGAGGCCAACAAUCUGGACGACAAUGUGCAGACGGUUAGCCGGAGAUCGCGAUCCCGCAAGGUGCGUGGCAAGCGGAGGAACACGAUAGCGGGCAUCGAUCAGAAGGAGAUCCAGGAUGCAGCCAAUGGCCAUGGAGAGUCUUCCUCCGCGAAGCAUGCAAACUCCUCGAACGCCACAUCGCCGGCACCGGCGGCGGCCAGUGCGGACACGCCGGAGGGCGCCAAGAAAUCGAAGAAGUUCGGACGCAGCAAGUCGAGUGACAUCUUAAAAAAGGAAUCUGUUGCCUUGCCCUACGACAAGGGCAAGAGCACCCUGACACGGCUCAACUCGCUGAAGCAGUGGGGCCGCAACCGGUUCAAGUUCAUGCAUCGGGCGGGCGAGCUGAACGGCCUUGGGGAGAGCAGCCAGCUGGACACCAGCGGAUGCAGCUCCCAGAACAGUUCCGCCGAGAAGCCGGACAGCAGCAGCCACGGAUCGCCGCCGGGCCACGGUCUCGGCCUGGGCCUGGGUUUGGGACUGGGGCUGGGCUCCUCCAGCGUGGAGCGUGGUGGCAAGUCGAAGACGGCCAAGCGCGACAUUGACGCGGAGUGUGUGGUGCACGAUCUGAUCGCCCAGAAGAGUGAAUCUCGGUUUUCGCACGAACGAAAACCCUCGUAUUCCUCCUCGGAGAAGAGCAUGAGCGUCUCGAGCAGCGGCCAGCUGAGGGGCAAGCUGCAGCUCUCCGCCUCGCUGGCGGCGGCGAACGUGAAGAUGCGCGAGACGGCCACACUGAACAGGCAGCGGCGGAACGGACUGCACGGCCUGGCCGGCAAGGAUGAGCAGCCGCACUCGUCCAGCGGCAACUGGAGCGCCAGCUCGGAGUCGGGACGCGCCUCCAUUGGCAGCGAGAUCACCAUGCAGCCGAAGUCGAGCGCCUCCAACACCUCGCUGAAUGUGUCCAGCUUCCAGCCGUGCAACAGCAGCGGACCGCCCUCCUCCAUGAUGAGUCGCCGGCGAUUCCUGAACACCUCCGCCUCGAGCAGCGUCACCAGCGAGGGCACGGCCACGCCGGAGCUGCAGACGGAGGCGGGCGCCUAUCCGAAUCACCUGGACGACGAGACCAGUUCCGCGUACAGCUGCGACACCGAGGGCUACUACACCUCCUUCCACAUGGACAGCGGACUGCGCACGCUCAAGGAGGAGGAGCCACCGAUGACGCCGCUGCAGCAGAGCCUGCACACCAGCUCCUACUCCUUCGGCAGCAGCCAGUCCAACCAGACGGUGCUCAAUGCGGAGAACGAGUACGAGCUGUACGGCCGGGGCUCGACCUCGACCACCACCAGCUCCGCGGGCACCGUCUGCACCACGCUCCUGAAUGGCGCCAUCUCCGGGCCGGAUGUGCCGGAGCGGACCAGCUCGCUGGGCAAGCACAGCUCCAGCCAGAGCCAGGGCCACAGUCAGAGCAACAGCAACAGCGCCAGCAGCAGCACCCUGGAGCGCAGCUACAGCAGCAGCACCAUCGGCAGCACCCUGGAGCGCACGGGCACCAUCAAACGGAACGUGAAGAGCGCGGCGCCCAAUGCGGAGGAUGCCGCCCAGCAGGAGCAGGAUCUGCAGCAGCAGCAGCAGCAGCGCUCGGCCAUGCCCCUGCCGGGCGGGGCAACGGAGCUGGAGUUCUCGGAGAGCUCCGAUCUGGAGGGCGUGGAGCGCAUUGAGCGGAUCAAGCAGAAGACGGCCAUCACCUCGAAGCGGAUACCCUCCAUGUGCAUCAUCACGCCCACGACCAGCGACGAUGACGAGCAUCAGUCGCAGGCGGAUCGCACCCUUACGAAUCUCUGCGUGGAUGUGGACCAGGACGAUCAGGAUGCCUUGGAGGCGGAGCAGAGGACCCCAACCAAUGCGAGUGCUGCGGGCAGCAGCAAGGACCACAACCUCAACGAGCUUAAGCAGACGCCCACGAAAGCUUUGAGCGGAAUGUUCGAGAAGCUCAAGGUGAAGCUGGUGCCGGGCAAAAGCUCCAGCUCAAGCUCAAGCUCAAGUUCCCCGGUUAAGCCAAAGCUCAAGCCCGCCUCCGCGAGUGCCGUCAAUGACGAUGAGCUUUACGACCUGGCGGGCGAGUACGUCACCAUCGCGGACAUCAGCAACAACAACAACAACAAUCAGAGGGCAAAGAUUGGCCCCUCGGGCGCUGGCUCCAGCCUCGGCAUCUACUAUUCCAAUGACAUAGUUCGUCGCGGAGCUACGUCCGAGUACGUGUCGCUGAACGAGCUGCCUCAGCAUUUGCGUCGGCAUGCAACCCAUGGCUCUCCCUCUGCCCUGCCGCUGCCGCUGAGCGAGAGCGGGGCCUGCGCACAGCUGCUGCUGCCUGGUGAGACGGCGGCAGCUGGCAAGGCCACACAGCCACCCCAUAUGCAGCAGCAGCAGCAGCAGCAGCAGCAGCGGCAGAGGCAGCAAGAACCCACCACCCGGAGUGAGGGUUGCGGGGUGCCGAUGUAUGCGGAAAUCAGCGAAUUGCGAGAGGAGAAAUCGCUCGUUGCCGCUCAGCAGCAGCAGCAGCAGCAGCAGCAGCCGCGUCGGGUGCGCACGACGGCCGAGGGCAGAGUCAUCUACGAUUCGGAUAGCUUGAAGCGACGCAAGGGUGCACACACCACCUUUGCACCUGGGCCGUACGUGAAGGAAACCGAAAGUGCCCUGCUCAGUGCAACGCGAGACGCCACAACGGGCGAAAGUGCAAUCAGCAGCAACAGCAGCAGCACAGCAGGAGAAGCAGCAGCAUCCACAAAGAGCGUCAAGCUAUUGCUAUUGAACGGCGGCGGUAACGCUGGCAACCACCGCAAGGUGGCCAAUGUGCGUCCCAUAGUCGCCAAAUCGCCGCUCAGCAAGAUCCCUCAGAGCACCAGCAACAGCAGCGGCGGCAGCUACCAGGAGCAGAAGCAGUUGCUGGCGAAUCACACGAAUCCCUUCUACGAAACAAUUGCAGCAUCAGCAGCAGCCACCGCCGCCGGUGCACCGGCAACGGGCGGCAGCAUGAUGCCAUCGCCCUCGGGCAAGUCCAAUUCAUCGACUGGCUCCACGGCCACCAAUUCGUCAUCCUCCACGGCAUCGGCGCAUUCCGGCGAAGAAGGGUAUCAACGUUUCUCUAACAUCUAUGAGCAAGUGCAGCCAGCACAGACCACCGCCAGCACACAGCCCACGGAUGACACUGCCACGCCCUUCCAGCGAAGCGCACCCAUCUACUGGACGCUGCAGAGUCGCCGCAGCCAGCAGAAGCCGCAGCCCAGUGGCAACAUUACCUGCCGGGAUGAUCUGUAUGCCACGCCCAUACGGCGAGCGGAUCGUCUGGCCCGUGCAGCGGCCGUCAAUGGAGCUGGUGGGGCUGGUGUUCCAGUCGCGGACAACCCAGAUGGCAAGAGCAACAUAUCGCCAAUUGUGCCAAGGACUCGCGGCGGAGCCUUCCUCACUUCCACGCCCACUCGCGGUGAGGCGGAGAAGGCAGGAGAGAGUGUCCCAGUGCCACCCAUGAAGCAGCCCUCGCGCAACUGGAGCGAUAAUGCGCCGGAGCGACUGAACACUUGCGCCGAUCGCAUUGGUCAGAGCAAGACGACGCUGAUGGACUUCAAGAAGCUGCUGCUGGCCAAGUCAGCCAAGACGAGUCCCGUGCAGCGCAAAAUGUCAGCCGUGGAACUGCUGAAGAAGUCCUCCGGCCAAGCUUCGGGCCCAGCACCCACGACGAAGGCAAGUGGACCCGCCCCCAAAGCGGGUGCGGCGGCGCCAAUCAACUCCAGUCUCAAGCUGCUCGAUCUGAGUGGCUCGCCAAAGACGUUUGCCAACCGCCGGAUGCUGCGCCAGGGCCAGUUCGGAUCGCCAUCCAAGACCUUCGUGCCAAAAGUGCGUGGUCCUGUGAACGUGGUGGCCGCUGCAUCUGCCGCACCACGUACGGACAUUAUGUCCACCACCAUACCAGAGGCCAAUAGCGAGGAGGAUCACUCCAACACGAGCGGAGGAUCCCGUGCCAGCUCUGAGGCGGGCGAAACAGCAGCGCCGGAGACUCGCGAGUCGCCAGCCAGCCCCCCCGUGGUCACCUCCAGCUACGAUCUGAAGCGCAAUUUCUUCCUGCAAACCGAGCAGAACAACUUCAUGCGCGGCGAGCUGAAGCACACCUUCGCGGGCAAGGGCUGCAGCUCUAGCUCUGCAGGUGCCAGCGCAGAGAGCAACAAAUGUGCGAACGCUCCGCUAGUGGCCGCUGCGCUGCCGUCAUUCGAGACGGCGCUCUAAGAGACUUGUGCGAUGCCAGCGUUCGGGUCUAACCCGCGUUAGCAGUCGCCGCAGGAGGCACCGCAGUAGUAGGAUGCACGAGCAGAUUUCGCAUAGAUAAAAUAUAAAUAUAUUCCAUAAGAAACGAUCGGAUAACCGAGACAAGCAAUCGUAAUCGUUAGGCUUCACCCCCGACACUUAUCCCACACUAGCCACACGCUGAACCUGCAUUUAUUGACGAGAACUGACGAGAGAGGAAUGGAACGAGUCAAAAGCGAUGCUACUUUAUGCAAAACUUAUACAUACAAUAUAUCAAUUAACCAUAUACACAAUAACUUUAUACAAUAAACUGUAUUUUUAAAAUUGUGCUGCUUGUAUAAACGGAUAUUUUAUACACGAAUACGAAUUACGAAUUACGAAAUAUGAAUGAAUAUGAAAUACGAAUCGUCUAUACAAUACAUUAUAUUUAUUUGUAAUUUUACAUUAUUUAUUGCAAUUAUGUAUUACGCUACACGCAUUGCUCUUUCUUUUGUACGUCUAUUACGAGCUAAGGAGAAUUGCUAAUCAAUAAAUACAUUGAAUAACACA